UUGGCCCCUGUUAUCGCUAUUGCCACGUAAUCGGGAAUUCCAAGUGUUGUUUUGAAAAUUGGCACGUUUUUAGAUCUAGCAAUUGUGUAACGGCUUGUUACAACUGCAUUCAGCCUAAAUUUAUUAACUGCUUAAUGUAUUUACAAUUAUUGUAGCCGUGGAGAAGUAGAAAAUAGAUAUUUUCUUUAAUGUGUAUAGCAUCAUAAAUUCUUCAUCUAGGUUUAUAGUUACAGCAACAGUCAUAAUCAAGUCAAGACAAAACUCAGCCAUGUCUUCUACGGAUGGGACACUUAGAGAAUCCAACAGAAAUGCCAAAAAACGAUCAGGUUAGUUUUAAAUUACAAUCUAUAUUAUUGUAGGGCUCACACGAUGAGAAAACGGGUUACCGGAAAUUUGAUCGAAAGAAAUUUCGUCGACGGUAAAAAUGAUCGACGGAAAUUCGAUCGAACGGAAAUUUGGUCGAAUCUUUUUUUCAGUUCACACGUUAAAAUUUUCGUCGAUUUUCUUUUUGAACGCACUCUACUUUAUAGUAAAACAAAAUAAUGCAUUCAAAAAGACCUGUCCACUCAGACCCAUGCAUUCAGACCCAUGCACUCAGACCCAUCCACUCAGACUCAUUCAAUGAGACCCAUGCUCUCAGACCCAUCCACUCAGACCCAUCCAGUCAAAGCCAUCCACUCAGACCCAUUCACUGAAACCCAUCCACUCCGACUCAUUCAAUGAGACCCAUGCUCUCUGACCCAUGUAUUCAUACCAAUCCACUCAAACCCAUGCAUUCAUACUAAUCCACUCAGAUUCAUUCAUUCAUACUAAUCCACUUAGACUCAUGUAUUCAUACCAAUCCACUUAAACCCAUGCAUUCAUACCAAUCCACUCAGUCUCAUGCAUUCAUACAAAUCCACUCAGACCCAUGCAUUCAUACCAAUCCACUCAGACCCAUUCACUCAAACCCAUUCACUCAGACCCAUCAACUUAGACCUGUCCACUCAGACCCAUGCAUUCAGUUCCGUCCACUCAGACCCAUCCACUCGGACCCAUCAACUCAGACCCGUCAACUCAGACCCAUCAACUCGGAUCUACAGUUUGUGUACUACCGUGUAAGCUAAUAUCUGCUAUUUUGUCUGUGUCUAGCAAGUCCAUCGAAACAAGAGCAACAAGGACGUGAAUCAGCAAAGCGGAGAGAAAUACGCAGUGAUUAUCAAAAGGUAAAAUCUUCAGAAAUAUCCCUUAGUAUGUGAGUCAUCAAGAUGAUUUGAAAAUACACUAAAAUCAAAACAUGGCAUGUGUAUGUUAAAUUACAUACACAUCUACCAAAGUUAUAAUAAAUACUCAUUUAAAACAGGAGUGUUAAACAGGCAUUCACUUAACUGAUAUAUAAAACACAUUUUGCUUCACCUUCCUUUCACAUUUAAAUAACAAACAAACAAAAGGUACACUAAGAUAAGUAAGGCUAGAUAUACAAACCCCGUAACAAAAUGUAAUGUAAAAAAAACACACAUAAAAUACUUUUGAGUUUUGUAAUUAACUUUAUUAUAGGAAAGUCAUCACUGUUGGUUGUUGAUAUGUUUUAACAUCAAUGGUGUAGUUAUUUAACAAUGUUAUGUUUGUCUUUUAUAGCGUUGCUGUGAGCUAGAUUUAGGAGCGUGAAUUUGUGUUGUGUGGGGGGGGGGGGGGGGGGGGGGGGGAGUUACCGGUCGUGAGAGGUUUCGUGUGUUGUAGGUCGUGUGUUCUGAUGGCGGGGUCAAUGCGUGGGUCAGAUCGUCCGUCAGUUCGUGGGGUCAGUUCGUGGGGUCAGUUCGUGGCUGCGGGUGUACACUGAGUGUUCGUUGUUUAGUAGAGAAAUUUUAAUAAAGAGAGUGGUGUGUUAGGUUAGGUUGGUGUGUUCAUCAUCUUGUUUUGCUGUUAGGCGAGAAAUCGGGAGUUGGUUAGCGUGACAGUGCAAGUGCUAGCUGUCAAGAGUAAGGUCAGUUGGCUAGCGUGAUAGUGCAGGUGCUGGCUGUAAAGAGUAAGGUCAGUUGGCUAGCGUGAUAGUGCAGGUGCUGGCUGUCAAGAGUAAGGUCAGUUGGCUAGCGUGAUAGUGCAGGUGCUGGCUGUCAAGAGUAAGGUCAGUUGAUUAACGUGAUAGUGCAAGUGCUAGCUGUCAAGAGUAAGGUCAGUUGGUUAGCGUGAUAGUGCAAGUGCUAGCUGUCAAGAGUAAGGUCAGUUGGUUAGCGUGAUAGUGCAAGUGCUAGCUCUCAAGAGUAAGGUCAGUUGGUUAGCGUGAUAGUGCAAGUGCUAGCUGUCAAGAGUAAGGUCAGUUGGUUAGCGUGAUAGUGCAAGUGCUAGCUGUCAAGAGUAAGGUCAGUUGGUUAGCGUGAUAGUGCAAGUGAUAGCUGUCAAGAGUAAGGUCAGUUGGUUAGCGUGAUAGUGCAAGUGUUUGUUGUCGAUAGUAAGAUCAGUUGGUUGGCAUGAUAGCGAAGAUAGUUGAUAUGUUUAAGAUUCAUAGCGAUGUUAGUUGAUAUGUAUAAGAUUCAUAGCGAUGUUAGUUGAUAUGUUUAAGAUUCAUAGCGAUGUUAGUUGAUAUGUUUAAGAUUCAUAGCGAUGUUAAGUGAUAUGUUUAAGAUUCAUAGCGAUGUUAAGUGAUAUGUUUAAGAUUCAUAGCGAUGUUAAGUGAUAUGUUUAAGAUUCAUAGCGAUGUUAAGUGAUAUGUUUAAGAUUCAAAGCGAUGUUAGUUGAUAUGUUUAAGAUUCAUAGCGAUGUUAGUUGAUAUGUUUAAGAUUCAUAGCGAUGUUAGUUAAUAUGUUUAAGAUUCAUAGCUAUGUUAGUUGAUAUGUUUAAGUUUCAUAGCGAUGUUAGUUGAUAUGUUUAAGAUUCAUAGCGAUGUUAGUUGGUUGAUAUGUUUAAGAUUCAUAGCGAUGUUAGUUGAUAUGUUUAAGAUUCAUAGCGAUGUUAGUUGAUAUGUUUAAGAUUCAUAGCGAUGUUAGUUGAUAUGUUUAAUACUUAUAUUGUUGUUAGUUAAAAAUGUUAUGCUUAUCAUUUAUAUCUUUUAUUUCCACAAAGGUUGAGCCAAACUCUGAUCAAGAAAAUAUGGAGAGGGCAUACGAACUGGACAUGGACAUUCUGCAAACUGGUACGUUUUGUAAAUAGAACCAAGACAUAAUCAUACAACUUCAUCAACAUAACACUAUGUUAUUUUAGUUAUAUAACGUGCUGUUCAAUGGUUACUCAGCAUAAUUUCUAUUUCAAUCUUUAAAAAAAAAAAAAAACUUGUUGAAUUUGUGCAUUUGUAUACCAAUAAAACUGUUGUUUUUUUAUAAAGAUAUUUAACAUGCAAGCUGAUCUAUUAAUUCCGUUAUUUUGAGUGCUUGGCUUGAGGUAAGGGUUCCGUUGAAAUAGGGGCGUAACAACAAACAGUGGUGUCCUUGCAGGACCUUAACCCUAUAGCUAUGUCAAGAACAAAAUUUCUAUGGCGUCAAGCCAUUUUUAGCAAUUUCAUAUGCUUGUCAAACAUUACGAAAACGCCAGAGUAAAUCCAUUCAGAGACCCUUACAACUUACAGGUAUCAAGUUUCUGAGAGUAAUUAGAAAAGGUAUUUUAUGGUUUGAAAAGAAUUUGUUUUUAUAUUUUGUAUGUUGAAAUUGACCUUGACCUUUGCAGAGUGGGUAAAAUUUUACACCACAUCUUCUUAAUUCAACACACCCUAAAUACUCUAUAAAUUGUUCAAAAUUUCAUAAAAUCAAGUUUUUUGAUAUACUAGAAGCAACAUUCGUUCAGAAAAUGACAAUUUAUAGUUACUUGUAUGGAAAAUUGUGAUAUUGGUGAAUUCUUUCAUUGACUACAAUCAAAUUUCUCUCAUACAAAACACAAGGGGGGGGGGGGGGGGGGGGGGGGGGGCACAACAUGAGUUCAAAAAUUCCUUUUUUUUUAAAUUUAUUAAGUCCUUUGUUUAUAAUUUAUUAUUCCAGAACAUAUACAAACAAAAAAAUCUUAAGGGAAGAUCUUUGGAAUCAAACUUGUGUCUUUAGGGGGGGGGGGGGGGGGGGGUUGGGAGGAGGCACAACAUGAGUUCAAAAAUUCCUUUUUAUUUAAAUUUAUUAAGUCCAUUGUUUAUUAAUUAAUACUCCAGAACAUAUACAAACAAAAAUAUCUUAGAGGUAGAUCUUUGGGAUCAAACUUGUGUCUUUUUCAUGUUCGAUCUCUACACUUUCCCAAACGAAUUUGUCUCUAGCAAUACGACAAUACAAUAACAUUGUCAAUAUCUGACUCUUAUCUCGAAAUCAUCGCUAGCGCCUAUGCUGUCAUAUCUUUGCUUUCAUUUUAAUAUAUUUUAAAUGAUUCCAAUAAAGAAAUUAUGUUUUAAUUUCAAGAGACGUUAUGGCGGUGAAAUAAUUUGAGAAAAUGUCCCACCUGAUUAACCCCCCCNCCCCCCCCCCCCCCCCCCCCCAAAAAAAAAAUACACAAAAAACAAGUUACGGAUAAAGGCACAUAAACAGACUGAGAAUGUAACGGAAAUAGGAAGAAAACUCAUUAUAUGGAAUGAUUUCCCUCUUAAAAAACAAACAUUAAAGCAAUUCGCAUAUAUAAUUACGAUUUUGCUAACGGCCGAUCAUCGGCCUUUAUGACAGUUAUAGGGCUAAUGUUUCCGUCCUGUCACAUUCCAAUAUAUUUGAUUAGUUUACGUUCCUCUUAUUCUUUUAAAGGUGGUUCUUAAGUCCUCAUACGCCAAAUUAAAAGCAAGUCCUUUUCAAUUAGAAAUAAAAAAUUUCAUCUAUAAAUAUAUAUAACAUUAGAGAGUACCCGGCAUGCUUUACAAUGUCACUUAAAGUAUGUUUUAUAUAGACAAUAAGUUUUGUUUGAUCCAUCCAUUUUGUGGGCACAGCGAUAAAUUAGAACACUUUUCGAAGCAUGAGCAGGCUACAUACCGCUGUCUAUGUUAGAAGCAUGUAUUUUGAAAAUUGAAUCCACAGACUUGUAGCAAUGGAUUGAAAUAAUAUAUAUAGACUAGAGCUCAUAUAACCCAAAAAAAACAACAACUGAAUUAAGGGUCGGCGGCCCAAAAUGGAAUAUUGUAAAAUCUUUGCACUUAUUCAGAAACAUUUGCAGGCGUUCACAAAAGAACUCGCCAAAGAUGUAUCUCAUUCGGAUGAUUUAUUAAGGAAUUCAUAAGGAAAUUAUAUUUAAAUCAGCUCAUAUAAGAAAAAAAAACAAUUUCAGUGCCCCCCCCCCCGGCCAAAACCGGAACAUGGUAAAAUGGUUGUACAUACCAAAUUAUGUCACACACAAACAGAAAUGUUGUUAUUUAUAUUUAAUUAAAAUUUCAUCCACCCAUGCAGUAGCUCUGUUUUAAAUUAUAUUUAUAGAACUCGUAUAAGAAAAGACAAUUCAGGAAAUUAAGGGUCGCCAAAAUGGAAUAUUGUAAAAUGGUUGUAAUAUUUUAGAAAAUUUGCGGGCGUGCGGAAAACAACUCACCAAAUUUUAUCGCAAUCGUAUGAAUGAUUUAAGAGCACAUACGGGACAUAUAUAUAUAUACAAACAUUAAUUUUAUAUAUAUACACAUAAUGUACAUUUCAUGAAACACAUGUAUUGCCCUGCUCGCAAUAAGAGAGAAUAAUACACAACAAUCCGCUAACAAGGAUGUCUCGACUAACCAAGUGGCUAUUCGGACCCGUGUCCGAGAAGUUAAAGGUGGGGAUUAAAAUUUAAAAUAAAUAUAUUAUUGUUCGGUUGUGAGACUAAAUUUGGUAUCAAAUGAAAGAUAAUUGAAUAGACUAUAUGUUUGUAAACUUAAUUCUUCAGUUUAACUAAAGUAAAAUUACACAAUUGACAUCCGAAUGGCAUUGAGUCUAAAGGGACCCGGGUCCGAAUAGCGGCGAUUCGUUUCCGCUUCUAUUUUGACUAAAUGCUAUUCGGAUGUCCUUUGUGGUAGUUUGUUUUAGUUAAACUGACUAUAUGUUUGUAAUAGUCCAUUCAAUUCUCUUUCAUUUGAUACCUAAUUUUGUCUUACAACCCUACAAUAAUUUUUAAAUAUUUUUAAUAAAACCCAAACUCUAACUUCUCGGACCCGGGUCCGAAUAGCCGCAGCCCUCGUCUAAAGCUGACGAAUAAGCACGUAAGCCAAGACCGACUAGACUAUACGUCAUAAUUAUCAUAAAAAUGUGACACCAAGUAAAUAGCGGGAAAAGGCGUUCAUUACAUAAUAAUUCUCCUUAAAGACACCUUGCACAAUAAAACACAUUAUCUAGUUCACAAUAACUAUUAAUGAACUCCCAUGGCUUGACACGCCCCUUAAUAGCGAAAACCAUUUUUUUAAAAAGCAUACAUAAGCCAUUUUUAAUGUACGGGGAGAACCAAAAAAUGCCCCCCCCCCCCAAACCAACAGGACAUUAUUGUAAUGGCAUACAUUAUAAUAAACAGAUUUGAAAAAAACAACACAUAAGGAAAAGGCGUUCCAUACAUAAUAAUUCUCCUUAAAGACACCUUGCACAAUAAAAAACAUUAUCUAGUUCACAAUAACUAUUAAUGAACUCCCAUGGCUUGACACGCCCCUUAAUAGCAAAAACCAUUUUUUUAAAAAGCAUACAUAAGCCAUUUUUAAUGUACGGGGAGAACCAAAAAAUGCCCCCCCCCCCAAACCAACAGGACAUUAUUGUAAUGGCAUACAUUAUAAUAAACAGAUUUGAAAAAAACAACACAUAUCAUCAUGACAAUGUCAACUCAUUUGACUUUCACUUUCAGAACUUGCUGACGAUGAGCCAGACUGCAGGUUUGCUGAGUCAUCGAGUUUUCUUAACUAUCAGUGUACUAAGGGCAACCACAAGGAUUACGUCCCCAUAGACUCGCUUUUCUAUCCUACACUGCCUGAAGCUUAUGAAAGGGAGGACAUUGCGUCCGUCGUCAAAGCUCUGGGUAAACUUGUUGUUAAAAUUGAAGUUAACCAUUCAAGUCCCAGAAGGCCUAAGUUAUUCCCAGGGAAAAAUGCAAAAUUUCCGAAAGGACAUUGCCGUGCGACAGGAAAAAUAAUCUUCUCUGAAAGGAAACGGGAUUUUGGUCAGGAAUGGGGUGAGAUUAAAAUAGCCACUAGCAGCCAUGUUGUUUUUGAUCAGAGUGAAGCUGAACACACGACUUGCAUCUUAAAUUUUGACAAUGCAGAUUCUGAAGUCGUCAAACUGAAAUGUACCAAAGUUACAUAUGUUAACACUGAGCAAGAUAAUUGUUUGUUAAUCUGUAAAACCGGUGAUAUGAAUCUUGUCAAACAGCUAAUGGAUAAUAUUUAUGAUUUUGUUAAUACGCAUAAAGAAUUGCAUGAAAAAUAUAGAAAUUUGCCUAAGAACGAUCUAGUUCUCACGGUGUCUCAUCCCCAUGGUCAUACAAAACAAGUUUCCAUCGGUUCGUAUGCUGAACCAGAUAAAAACAAAUAUCACCUCACCACAUGCAAAGGUAGUAGUGGAGCGCCUAUUUACAGGUUAAAUCAAGAGAAAGUGUGGGUCCUUGAAGUGCAUAGCGGCUCAGCAGAUGGAUUAGCUGUAAGUGGCUUACAACUGAACAAAUAAAAUGAACACAAAUAUAUAUAGAAGAAAAAAAAAAUGAUAUAACAAAAUUCUAUUUUUAAAAUAAAAUGAACUAAAUUUGAAUCAACAAUUGAUUGUCAAUGUUAAGAAAUUCAAAACACAUUUCAGAGGAAAGCAUGAAGAACAAUAGAACAAACGUUUUGACUGGACAUUUUUAACAACAAAAUAAGGCAUCUGAGAAUAACUAAUAACGUCCAAUUGUCACACUGCUUUGCAUGUUUUUUAGAGAACUGAGUCUUUUAGAAAUUAUUCAAAUCAAAUAGCGGGAUAUAGUUUCUUUGAUAACAAAAAUUCAUUGUCAUUUUUCAUGUUUUUCAAAACACUUUUUGGAGUAAAUAUAUUUUGCCCCAUUUUUUACGGUAAUUAUGUGAAUGUUUAUAAUUGAGAAUAAUUAAUAUUCAAUAAAGAUGUUUUGCACAUAUGAAUAUAUAAAUCAUGAUAAAUUGAUUUGUUCUGUCAUUGCUAAUGUACAAUAGUAAAAUACAUACAAUUUCUUUCUAGAUCACUAAAGUGAAGAUAACUCCCACUGAGUUACAUUUUAAAAACGCAUGAUUUUUAAUCACAAGUGGAACGUCAAUUGUAUAUACAUUUUAUAUCAUAAUAUGUGUCACUUUUCAUAGAUAAAAUUUAAACCAAAAGUAACAACUAAUUUCUAUCACAUUAGUGUGAUAUAGUGAAACUAAGAGUAAUUAUAAUCUGUUGGG